CCUAUCACCAACCUAUCACAGCAUUCACACCUCAUGCCACUAAGUAUUCUACAUGGUCUUCUUUUCUUUUUCCUUGGGCAGGUUAAGGCACGGCCUUCUGUUUUCACUAACAUUCCCACGGGCCUCAUCCAGGUGGUGUCACUUCUUGUCGCAGGGGCGUAUUAUUGGCCUACUACUCCCGCACUCGUUCUUGUUCUUGUUGUUUUUGACAGACGCAUUGUCAUAUGGUUGGGUUGUAUAACAAUAUAUGAUGGCUGACUCGGAGGAGGCUAUCAUUAUUUCUAGCGUGUGUUGUUUGCACUGAUACCUAGGUAUCGAACUCAACCACUCGUCUUAUUGAGUCCCUGGUCCCUGUGUCAUGAUUUACCACUUGUGGUCUAUGUAUGUUAUUUUUCCGCGAUGC